ACUCGACGUACUUUUGAUCGCGCACUUGAAGCUUUACCAAUCACUCAACAUCCUAAAAGAUGGAAUUUGCGCGUGAAGUUAUGGAGAAACUGCAAUUCGAUUGUGUCGGCGAUCCCUAAAGGUAAGAAACUUAAAUUGUUGAGGAUAUUUCAUUCGUCUAGUUGGAACCAGACCAUGUUGAAGGAUGCGUUGAUCUUUUUACUCUCGUUAAAUCGCUACGAUGAAGCAAGAGAUGUUUUCGAAGAAGACAUCGCCACAGUAAUAAAAGUUCGUGAUUUCACUCAAAUAUUUUACGCAUAUGCGGAAUUCGAAGAAACUAACGGAAAGGAAGACCCAGAAGAAGAUUCAGAUUUAGAAUUACGUCUCUCAACAAAUGCUGUAUAUGAGCGGAUACUAGAACUGAAAAUCGCUACCCCGCAAAUUAUCAUUAAUUAUGCCAAAUUUUUAGAAGCGAACAAAUAUUUCGAAGAAAGCUUCAAAGUAUAUGAACGUGAACGUGGUGUCGAGCUAUUCAAUUAUCCAAUUGCAUUUGAAUUUGGAAUAUAUUUGACCAAAUUUAUAAAUUGA